AUGGCUGACUUAUCUCCCGGCCAUGUGGUCACUCUAACCGACGGUCGGCAGGCCACCGUUCGGUUCGUUGGGACAACACAUUUCGCUGUGGGUGAGUGGAUAGGCAUUGAAUUGGAUGAGCCUACCGGGAAAAACGAUGGAGCUGUCCAAGGGGAGCGAUACUUCGACUGCAAGCCAGGAUUUGGCAUGUUUGUCCGGCCAACUGCUAUCGCCGCAGUCGUUGAGCAGCCCGCACGACCGACCAAGCCAGCGGCUCCUAAGGGGAAUGCCAACAACCCGCCAGCGAACCGAAGUCGCGCCCAGAGUGGUGUCAUAACAGGGAGCUCAGGUCUUAAGAGGCCGACGUCUUUGUCGUCUGCGAAUACGAAGAGACAUAGCGCCGGUGCUGCGAGUCCCACGGCGGCCCUGAGAAAUGCCGCCCAGCGCUUGUCGACAAAGUCUCCUACGAAGUCGCCGACCAAGACAACCUCCACACCUCUCUCGAACAGAUCUUCCGCAAGCAGCACACCGCGGCCGUCCGCGGUGACAGCGAAGACUCGGCCAUCCGUCAGCUCCAAGUCUUCUAUGGGCCCUCCUCCACCUUUGGCAGCAACCCCUCGCACAUCACGACCUUCAAUAUCUGCUCCGGCAAGCAGAGCGGGCAGACCGAAUAUCCAGGCUACCUCGUCGGCGCCCUCGGGGUUGUCUAAGCGCCCCGUCUUGCGGCCAACGGGUUCAAAUAAGUUCUUGGAAGAAGCAGAAAGUGGAUCCAGUCCUCAGUCGGAGGACUUUGAGACGAGUCCGCAUGAUGUCGAGGAAGAAGUUCCCGAUGACGUGGACAUGGCUCCCAAGUCUACGAGACCGACAUUGCGAACAGGAACCACCAACCAAAGACCACCGCCAACUUCAUCACAUCGCCCAUCAAUCAGUGGUAAUGGCGUGGCAAGGGAGCUUGACGAGCUGAAAACCAAACUGCGCGUGAUGGAAAAGAAACGGACUGAUGACCGAGAGAGGCUGAAGACCCUGGAACAACUGCAAUCGGAACGGGACAAGUUCGAAGCAAUCAUCCAAAAGCUGCAGGCGAAAUAUCAGCCGCAACAGCUCGAAAUCACCGAGCUGCGGAAAAAGUUGAAAGACUCAGAGGCGAGACUCGAGGAGGUUGAAAGACUUCAGGCGGAGCAUGAUUCACUCAUGGAGAUGGCUGUUCUGGACCGUGAAAUGGCUGAAGAAACAUCGGAUGCGUUCAAGCAUGAGUGCGAGACCUUGAGAUUGAGGGUUGAAGAGCUUGAGCUAGAAGCCGAGGUUUUGCGAGAAGAGAACGAGGAGCUGGGCCAGGUCAUGAGCCUGGAGGAAAAGUCGAGCCAUGGAUGGUUGCAGAUGGAAAGGACAAACGAGCGUCUCCGAGAGGCACUCAUCCGUCUCCGUGAUAUGACCCAGCAGCAGGAGUCCGAGCUCAGAGAUCAAGUCAAGGAACUCCAGCAGGAUUUGGAGGAUUAUGCUGCCAUCAAGUCGAAAUACGAAUCUACGAAAGAGAAACUGCUUGUAUCGGACAAUAAUGUGGAAGAGCUCAAGCAGCAGUUGGAGACUGCGCUGGGAGCCGAGGAAAUGAUCGAGGAGCUUGCAGACAAGAACAUGCGGUACCAGGAAGAUAUCAACGAAUUGAAGGCUGCCAUCGAGGACCUAGAGGCCUUGAAAGAGAUCAACGAUGAACUCGAAUACAAUCACAUCGAGACGGAGAAACAGCUGCAGGAAGAGAUCGACUAUAGGGAAGGACUCUUCAACGAGCAGAGCCGGCGCAUCGCCCAGCAAGAUGAAGUCAUUGAUGACUUGGAAUAUACUCUGGUCCGCUUUCGAGAGCUGGUCUCUAAUCUACAAGGGGACUUGGAGGACAUGCGAGCAUCACAACAGAUUUCUGAAGCCGAGGCUACAGACCUUUCAUCGCGUUCUCGAACCAUGAUGGACCUCAACCUGAAGCUUCAAGCCUCUGUUGCGAAGGCGCAGACCAAGACAAUCGAUAUUCAACUCAGUCGCAUGGAUGCAGAGGAAGCAGCACAGCACUUGGCCAUUACAAAAUUGUAUCUCCCCGAGUACUUCGAGAGCGAGCGAAAUGCCGUUCUUGCGCUUCUCCGCUUCAAACGUGUUAGCUUCAAGGCGACAUUGAUGACCAACACUUUCCGUGAAAAGGUUUCAGACCAGGCAUCCGUAUCUACGCCCCUGGAGGAUCUCUUUAUUGCGCAUGAUGUCAUGGAGAAGCUGUUGUGGAUUGCUUUUCUCUGCGACCGGUUUGUGAACUACAUCACCAACUGUUCUGCCGAAGGAUUUGAAAGCAUCAAAGGCGCAUUGUUUGAGAUGGAGCCGGUUGAGCGCACAUUGAACUUCUGGUUAGAAUGUCUGAAGAAAAACGAGGUGAACAUGAAGAAGUGUUCUGUUGAACUGCAACGAUCCAUCGCCCUUCUAUCCCAUCUCGCCGAGACUCUUCUUCCAGCUUCUUUGGAGACUUUUGCCGACGAACUGUGCAUGCGCUCAAUGUUGGCCCAGUCCUACAUCGACCAUACUGCGUCUGCCAUAUCUCGUCUUAAGUCGUUGUAUCAGUCGAAGCUCGUGGCUUCGGAAGGGGCCGACGAGGAGCACACGUUCAUGUACAACAAGAUGGAAGGACUCGUAUCUCAGGCCCGCGGCCUCAAAGUUGCAAUGGGGAAAAUCACCCGAGCCCUCGAGGACCUUCGGUCGAGAUCCCUUGCACUCUCACAAGACGUUGUUGGGCCAUUCAAGCAGGCCGAAGAGGCUGCCAAGGACUUGUCUGAUCUGACUCGCCAGAUCGGAGAGAACAUCGUCUUUCUCGUCAUUGAUGAGAGCCGCACGGAACCUCUGACCUUGGAUGAAGUAUUGAACACCAUGUCUCAAAUAUCAACCCUCUACGCCCAGCCUUCGGAGACGGGAAGUGAAAGCAGUGACACGAUGUCUCUUAUUGGCAACAGACUUCGCAGUCUGGGCGGUCUCCUAGAGGAGCUCGACUCCAUCGCGUCUGACUUGUCAAUCACAACCGAAUUCGAGAGACGUCCUUCCCCUUGGCUUGUCCGGGCCGAGGAGCUGAAGUCCAACAAGACAGUUUCCCCUGAUGCAGACGAAGAAAUCCGUCGCCUCAAGAACGAGAUUCACGAAGCAUCGACCGCACUGGGUGUCAAGGAUAAGACCAUCGAGGAGCAAGCUAUCAAGGUAGAACUCGUCGAAUCCAGAAUGCGCGAUGCAAGCAAAAAGGCAUCUAUGGUCAAGGACCUUGAAGCCGAGAUUGAAAAGAUACGAGCGCGAGAGUCAGAGCUAGAGGGAACCGUGGACAAGCAGCGCAAGGACCUGGAAGCUCUCGAAGUGGAGCGAGACGAUAUCAAAAACCGACUGGAAAAAGUCAAACGCAUCUCCGGCACAACCGGGGCCACCGCAACAGAAGGGGUUGUCGUCGACGUUGGCGUUUCUCUGGCCACUAUGCGGGAGAACGAAGCUCUCCGGGCCGAAGUCGAGAGCCUCCAAGCUGCUGUACGCUAUCUUCGCGAAGAGAACCGACGGUCCAACAUGCUCGAUCCGUUCUCCGUGCAACGCUCCGCCGAGAUGUACUCUUGGCUUGAUGUGCCUCUCACAGAAGCCCAUACAACACCCCAGGAAGAAAAGAUCCAACACACCGCCUCCGAAAGCAGAGAGGUCUUUACCCAUCUGCUGAAGCUAACCAAGGACUCCAACAUCUGCGAUCUCAAAUCCACCAUGACCCAAGAGAACGGCAACCGCGUCGGCUGGCGCCCUUCGAAGACCAAGCUCCGAUACCAGGUCCUCAAACAGCGGGAGAACUUCGAACGCUGGGCCGAAUGGCGCGACGAAAUCAUCAGCCACGAACGAGAACAAGACCGAGUGGCCACAGCUAAAAAAGAACGACUGGCUCGUGGGCGCCUACGCGGCCAUAUGCCACGCAAUUCCGCCUACGGGGCCGACUUUCCUCAGGGCGUGGGCCACAGUAUGAUGGGUCGAGCAUGGCAGAUCAUUGGAAUGGAGCAUGAGGGCCGUAAAGCCGCUGCCGAUCGACCGAUCGAACCAUCGCUGGCGCCGUCAUUCUAA